AUGGGCGUACCGAACUUUCUGAGCUACCUGACCAAGCAUUACCCAGAUGUAUGUUCGUACGACUUUCCGAACCGUCUCUAUUUGGCAGAUGACCUAGAUGGACCUGAGGUACCUAAAAAGGUCGACAACCUCUAUUUGGAUUUAAAUACCAUCAUCCACCAGGCCCUCUAUACCAGCAAUCAGAGCGUACGUCAUGGACCAUUGAACCCUAUUGGAUCAGAAAACACAAUUCAUCCCUUUGGUGCAGGGGACCGAAUUAUACUAAUCAAUCGUAUUUCUUAUUUCAUCCCAACCAAGAACUGUACCAAAAAUACUGUCAAAGCAGAACUAUAUCAAAAACUAGACUUUAUUCUAAGCAAGUUUAGACCUACAAAGCUUGCAUAUUUUGCCAUCGAUGGACCAGCUCCAUUUGCAAAGCUGAGGUCCCAAAGAAAAAGGAGGUUUAUGCAAGUCUCAGAAUCUAGAUUGACGGCUAGCUCGGAUCACGAGCUAAAUAGCAACGCUGUUUCUCCUGGAACGGAAUUCAUGACAAGUGUUAAUAGAUGGAUACACGAAUAUGUCCAAAAAAGAGUACCAUUGUUUAAUCAAAGCACCCAACUCGUAUCUAUUGUCUCUGAUUCUUCGGUCAUUGGAGAAGGAGAGCACAAAAUUGCAGAAUUUAUACGUCAGCAAAGCAAAUUUCCACUGUACUCUCAAAAGCAAUCCCAUUUUAUUAUCACUAGCGACUCUGACAUGAUCAUAUUAUUGCUUUCAUGUAACCUGAAUUGGGCAUUUGUAUGUUUCGAAACACCCAAUCCAUCUACCCCCACUUCUACAUCAUCUAUUUCGCCGACCAACCAAAGUCAAAAAAACAUUAUUUGUCUCAAAAAUUCAAUAAUCUCCGUUCCAAUGAAAAUUUCUCCUAAUCUUGGUCAAGUGCCUUGCGGCAUCAAUACUUGUUCUGCAAAUUCUAAAUCGGGCGAGGCGUCAGCGAAAAGGAGGAUUACAAAAAAAAACCUUCUGCCUAGUGUAAAUAACUCCAGACUGACAACCAUUCAAAGUCACAUCAUCCUAGACUUGUCACUGUUAAAAAAUCAGCUGUACAACAAAGUCAUUCAGUUUCAAAAACAUGAACACUCUACUCCAAAAAAACAAUAUAAAUUUCAGAGGGUAGUCGAUGACUUAGUCUUGCUAAUCACCUUUUUGGGGAACGAUUACCUCCCUAGGCUUCCUUAUCAAGGGCAUAUCCAUGAUGCACUUGAUUACUUAAUACAAACCUACGCUGAAACUAUGGAAGAAAACGGAUAUUUAUGCGAGAAAUCAAAUAUAGAAUGGAAUAACCUGGCUUUGUACUUGGCCAGAAUGUUAUCCAAAAAAGAGUCUGGUUACUCCAUUAAUCAGCACAUCAAGACGUGUAAUCCUAUCGCUUCAGAAUCAAUACCAAAAUCUUUCAAAAACGAUUCGUCAACCACGUAUCCCGGAAAAUCAAACACCUAUUCAGAAAAUUGUAUUCUAAGCAAAAAAUUCCAAUUCUAUAACAACCUUUAUCCAGAAUUUCGUACAUUUUCAAUCAAAGAAAAAUUAGAAAAAAUUCAAUCCGCCAUACAAAACUACCUCGCUGGCCUUUCUUGGUGUCUGUCAUGCAUCCACGACAGGGUACAUAACUGGGAUUGGUACUACAUCUAUAACCAGUCCCCUCUCGCCACUGAUAUCACCCAAUACCUUGUAGACGCCACUAGUCAAGACGAUAACGGAGCCCCAUUUUUGUCAGCUAUAAUUUCAAAACAUUUCAAUGCCAAAAUACAAAAACCGUUGCUGCCCCUACAGCAGCUGCUCGCCAUCCUACCUCCAAAGAGCUACCACUUGCUCCCAGCAGCCUACUCAACACAACUGACCAAAGAUGCGGCAGUCAGCUCCAAUGCAUUCGCACGCCUUCACAGCGACAAUGCUCUAUAUCCAAUCAUUAAGGAGGACCUUCUAAAGUUUAGCCAAAUUUUAGAAGACCAACUCUCUGAUGACGAAAGAAGUAGAAACAAAUUUGGAGAUCCAACCAUAUACCUCAGUAUUGAAAAUAGGCAUUACAACGACUUGAACAAUUUAGUUUGCGACUCAAUUACCUCUACCACCCCCACGGAAACAUAUUUCGUCAUACGUUCGGUUCCAGCCUUAUUGCCUUUAUCCAACAAAAACAUACAAACUCCAUCCAACGAAUAUUGCAUUUCUGUAAAGCACGCAAAAAUAUUUCUAAAAAAACUGUUAUUUGACUGA